AUGCCCGUCAACGCGACCGUGCUCUACCCGGCCGAAGCGGACGCCACCUUCGACCUGAACUACUACCUGAAGACGCACAUGCCCUUGGUGAGCGAGAACUGGGGCCAGUACGGCCUCAAGGGGUGGCAGGUGAUCCAGUUCCAGCCCGCGCCCGACGGGGCCAAGCCGUAUUCCAUCGGCGCCCUGUUGACCUGGGACGACGCCGACGGGCUCAAGAAGGCGCUCGCCAGCAAGGAGGCGGCCACCGUCUUCGGCGACGUGCCCAACUUCAGCAACAAGUCCCCGCUCUUCAUCGCGGGCGACAUUGUUGGUUCUUCGUGA